AUGGAUAGAUGGUGUGACACCUGGCAACUCCAAUUUAAUGUCGAAAAAUGUGGCUGGCUCUGCAUAGGUUGCAACAAUUUAGAACUUGACCUGACAAUUCAAGGCCAUGCACUUCAACGGCUGGAAUCUGUACUGGACCUAGGGCUGAAAUAUUCACAUAACUUAUCAUUUUCUGAACAUAUCUCCACACAAGUGUCAAAGUCACGCAGACUUAUCGGCUUUCUACUCAGGAACUUCUACAGAAAUGAGUCUAGAAUUCUGUUGUACAAGGUUUGUGUGCGUCCUUUAUUUGAUUACUGUUCAUUCAUGUAUAGUAGCAUACGCAUAGAGGACAAAUUGAAAGUCGAGGGAGUGCAGAGGUACUUCACGUUAAAAUUACUCGGAACCGAAAAUCGUGCGAACAACUCCACUAGAUGUGAUACCCUAGGACUAGAAACACUAUGGCUAAGACGCCUGAGACUAAACUUAACACUUUACUAUAAGCUUCUAAACCACUUAGUUUUUACCUCCACUAAUGGCACUCGACUUUCAGAUGACAAUGGCUACAAACUAAGACACACUAAGGGUACAGUAGCUAUCGAACAAUGUAAAACAGCCACCAGGCAAAAGUUUUACUUGAUUAGGUAUGCACAGAUAUGGAAUAAACUGCCAAUGGAAAUGCGUCAAGCAAGUACACUGGCCUCCUUCAAAAAGGUGCUUAAUGACAAACUACAAGAGUUUGCAAACGAUAGUAGUUCUAGUUCCUAUCUGAGAGCCUCCGAAAUUAUAGGUCCAUUUAAUGUAUAA